AUGGACACGGACGCUUACAGAUUUCGCGUUCCUAAACCGAACUACCUUCCUCAUAGGGCCGACAAAGAUGACAUCGUCGAAGAGUAUGUCCCACUUGGCCAGGCCAGCGAACUCGACAAUGCCAAGUACUUUAGCAAAUGCAAGCGCACCGCGCUGGAGUCUGGCAUCACACGACCCAAAGGGUACAACGUAUCCUUUCAUUGCAAUCCCGAAAUGGAGAAGCAUCACUUUGGCCAGACUCAUCCCAUGAAGCCUUGGCGCCUCACUCUCUCCAAGAGUCUCAUCUACUCCUACGGUAUGUCCUUUGCCAUGGACAACUACAUUGCCCGAGCCGCCACAUAUGAGGAGUUAAAUUCUUUCCAUUCCGACGACUACCUGGACUUUUUGGGCACAGUUCUUCCCGAGCCUGUUCCCAGGGAUGUUGAUAACGCCAACCCCGAUUUGAAGUUCAACCUUGGCGGGUCUGAUUGUCCCUUGUUUGAGGGUCUCUACGACUACUGCUCCAUGUCAGCAGGCAGCUCACUAGAUGCUGCGAGAAAAAUUUGCUCAAAGCAGUCAGACAUUGCCGUCUCUUGGGGAGGCGGUCUGCAUCAUGCCAAAAAAGCCGAAGCGUCGGGUUUUUGCUACAUCAACGACAUCGUCCUGGCCAUUCUACAGUUAUUACGUUGCUAUCCUCGCGUUCUCUAUAUCGACAUUGACGUUCAUCACGGAGACGGCGUUGAAGAGGCUUUCUAUUCAACCGACCGCGUCAUGACAGUAUCGUUUCAUAAAUAUGACCCCCUCAACUUCUUUCCCGGCACCGGUGGCCUGGACGAUAACGGCCCUAAGAACGAGCAUAACCCAGGAGCACACCACGCCAUCAACGUUCCCCUCAACGACGGAGUUACAGACGAGCAAUACAAAUGGCUCUUUGAGACCGUCAUUGGCAAGUGCAUCGAAAAGUUUCGGCCAAGCGCCAUCGCUCUGCAGUGUGGCGCUGAUUCCCUUGCUGGCGACCGUCUUGGAAGAUUCAACCUCCAAGUUCAGGGACACGGCGCCUGUGUAGAGUUUUGCAAAAAGUUUGGCCUACCAAUGAUUUUGUUUGGUGGCGGUGGAUACACGCCGCGAAAUGUGGCUCGCGCGUGGGCAUUCGAGACGAGCAUUGCUAUCAACUCCCAGGACAAAAUUGAUCCCAUCAUUCCGGCGCAUGCUCCAUGGAGAGAGCAGUUCAGAUACGAGGAGCUAUUUCCGACACUGGAGCAAAUAUUAGGAGAGCCGCGCGUAAAUCGGAAUCCACAAAAACGACUUGCGGAUGUCGUGCAGCAUGUAACAGAGCAGUUGAGAUUCGUCCAGGCGGCCCCCAGCGUGCAGUAUCAAGUUAUCCCGCCCGAUUUAGGCGGUCUCAGAGAGGAUGUCGAAGAAAAGCUCAAAGAGGAAAGGGAAGCCGAAAAUGACAGCAUCAGGAGAGCACGAGAGGAGGCUGUCGGAACAGCCAUGGAGUUCUAA